AUGGGUUCAGAUCAAUCUACAGGUACUGAUAGUUCUGCAGGUCCUGAUUUGAGAAUUGUGAUGAUUGGAAAAACUGGCGUGGGCAAGAGUGCUGUUGGAAACACCAUUCUGGGAAAGAAUCACUUCAGAUCCCGUUCUUGCUCUGGGUCAGUGACUGAAUUAUGUAAAAGAGGUGACACUUACUGGGGUAACAGAAUGGUUAGUGUGGUAGACACACCAGGGAUCCUGGACACUUCAAAAUCACCAGAGGACAUCAAAAGAGAAAUUGUGAGAUGUAUCAAAGUCUCGAGUCCUGGUCCUCAUGUGUUCCUGCUGGUCAUCCAAGUUGGUCGAUUCACCACUGAAGAGAAAAACUCAGUGGAAGGCCUGCAAGAGCUGUUUGGUUCAAAAGCAAAUCAGCACAUGAUCGUGCUGUUUACCCGUGGUGGUGAUCUCGAUGGCACCAUACAAGAGUAUGUACGUGAGGGCAGCAAAGACCUCCGACGAGUCAUCCAGAGCUGUGGAAACAGGUUCCACGUCUUUGAAAACAACAAAAAUGACAGAAACCAAGUGGUGGAGCUGAUCAAGAUGAUUGACAACAUGGUUGCUGGAAAUGGGGGGGAGUGCUACACAGAUGCAAUGUAUCAAGAAGUUCAGGCUGCUGCAAAAAAACAAAACGUGAAAGCAGAGGACUUGGACAAUGAGAAGCUCACAUUCAUUGCUGAAUUGAUGGAACGUAUUAUCAAGUUCCGUGAAAUACUUGAAAAACCGUAA